UUUGUCUCUCUGUUUGCAUACGUGGCAACUUUCAAGAACUCUCUCUUACUAGUUCUAGCACCAACCUUAGCACAACUGGGUAACACAACACCUGUUUACUUCUUCUAACUUUCCGAGGUUUGCAGAACCCACGAAGCCAAAAAUGAAAAUUUAGAAGCAUUUUCAUAGAAGAAUCAUGAAAGGGUUAGGUCCUCAUGCUCCUUUGGUUUCAAGGGGAAAGCCUCCUCCUUCGUUGGCAGUGGUGGAUGCGUUGCCAUUCUCUUCUUCUAUCUCUAGAACCCCCAUCCUAUACCCAUCAAGAUGCAGAAAGAAAUCCAGGUUGAGCUGGGCCCAAGGCACAAUUCGAGCCCAAGCAUCCAAUAUUAGUGGUGUUGAACCUGGAGAUUAUGGAAGCAAUAAUGAGAAAGAUGGCCAGAAUGUCUUUGAAAGACAUGCUAUUGACGAUAGUUCUUCUAAAGUUGUUAAACCUCCUAAUCAGAUCCCAUAUCCUCUCUCUGUAGCUUUUGUGUUGUUUGGAUGCACUCUCGUGUUUUCACUAAUAGCCUUUGUGAAAGGGGGAUCUUCAUCAGUUCUAGCAGCAAUUGCAAAAUCAGGAUUCACUGCUGCAUUUACAUUAAUAUUUGUUUCUGAGAUUGGAGACAAGACAUUCUUUAUUGCUGCACUCUUGGCAAUGCAAUAUGAGAAGGGAUUGGUCCUAUUGGGAUCAAUGGGUGCUCUUGCUCUCAUGUCAAUACUAUCUGUUGUAAUUGGCCGAAUCUUUCAAUCAGUGCCUGCUCAGUUUCAGACAACCUUGCCAAUUGGAGAAUAUGCAGCAGUAACUCUUCUUUUGUUUUUCGGUCUAAAAUCAAUAAAAGAUGCGUGGGAUCUUCCAUCAGAUGUGGUUAAGAAGGGUGAUAACAGCAGUCCUGAACUUGAUGAAUUUGCUGAAGCAGAGGAGCUUGUGAAAGAGAAGGUGUCGAAACGACUUUCAAAUCCACUUGAGAUUGUUUGGAAAUCAUUCAGCCUUGUAUUUUUUGCUGAAUGGGGAGAUCGCUCUAUGCUCGCAACAAUUGCACUAGGGGCAGCUCAGUCUCCUUGGGGUGUAGCAAGUGGAGCCAUUGCUGGACACCUACUUGCAACAUCUAUUGCUAUUCUUGGAGGAGCAUUCCUGGCUAACUACAUUUCUGAAAAACUGGUUGGCUACUUGGGUGGAGGGCUGUUCCUAAUUUUUGCUGUGGCCACCUUUUUUGGUGUUUUCUGAUUCAUUGCUGCCAAUCCUUCAAUCCUUUUUUUGUGUGCAAUAUAUCACUGAUGGAGCUAAAAGGAUAAUACAUGGACAGAUUGCUGAGAGAACAGAGAAAAAUUUAUUUUAACUUUGUUAAAGAUUUCUUGAGUAGACAUUAGGAGCAUAUUGCUCACAUGGUUAGGGAAUAAGAAGCAUGAAAUCUGCUGUAAGAGUAUGAAGAGAAACAUGGGUAAUUCUUUCUAGAGAAUAGUUUUUUUACGGUGUGCUUAUUUGUAGUAUUAAACAAACUACAUCUAUAAGAUUCAAGAAACUUGUAAUGUAAUGUAAGCUUGUUUACUGAAUAUUUAUGAGUUUUCACUUGUUAGGAUAUUAAGGAUGUGUUGGUUUCAA